GUAGGCAAACUGACCUAUGGACCUAAGCCACUCUGACUAUCUGUUACCAAAUUAACAUUUUUAAGUCUGGAUUUUGUCUUUUCUCUUAGUUUCCUGCCGUAGUUAGGGACAGCCUUCAUCAUGUGGGACCAUGAAAUCAGAGCCAUGGCGUCCACUCACGCCAUCAUCGCCGCCUCGGUGUUCAUGGCCACCGUCCUACCUGCAGUGUUCGUGCCGGGCUUCUCGGUGUACGGCACUCACCUGCUGUGGCUCUACUCGGUGUCCGGGGCGGUCACCGCGGUCAGUGUCGCCGUCUUCUGGCUGCUCGGCAUUACACCGCCCACAAAGAAGCACACACUGGGAUACAAGCUGUCCAGGUUGUUUCGUUCUUGUCUGUACUUCUUCCUGUCAUGCCUGUUCUUCCACGCUGUGGUGGUUCUGUAUGGAGCUCCGCUGAUUGAAUCGGCCUUGGAGACAUUUUCCCUGGCUGUGCUGCUGACCUCUUUAACCACACUGAGGUGCCUCUGUGUCCUCGGCCCCAACGUCCAGGCCUGGAUACGAGUGUUCAGUCGGCAUGGAGCUAUGUCCGUGUGGGACACCUGUCUGCAGAUUACAGUGGCCUGCACAGUGGUAGGGGCCUGGGUCGGAGCCUUCCCUAUCCCUCUGGACUGGGACAGGCCUUGGCAGGUUUGGCCUGUUUCCUGCAGUCUGGGCGCUAUGAUUGGUUUCCUGACCGGGCUUGUCGCCGCUCCUGCGUGGAUCCACUAUCAUCGCAAACAGCUCACGUACAAGUGCAAGUGAUGGACGGACUGUGUGAACGUGACCAUGAGGCUAUAUCCUGUAUUCCUGCUGUAUUCCUUUGACUUUAUACCGAUUAUUUAUUGGGAACAUUCACUCGGUUUGCUACCUGUCGGAAAGAUGAUUUUUACUUUAUGAGCAACAUUGUUUUGUACGUGCAGAGGCUGAAUAUGUUCCUGAAGAUUUUUGACAUAAAUAAAGCAUUACCUCUUUCACACCGUG